AGGGGAUUCUAAGUCUUCGAGGGGGCAUUCUGAAUCUUCGACUGGGUAUUCUAAGUCUUCGACGGGGCGUUCUAAGUCUUCGAAGGGGGCGUUCCAAGUCUUCGAGGGGGCGUUCUAAGUCUUCGAGGGGGCGAUCUAAGUCUUCGAGGGGGCGUUCUAUGUCUACUUCGAGGGGGCGUUCUAAGUCUUCGAGGGGCCGUUCUAAGUCUAAGAGGGGGCGUUCUUAG